UGUUAAUCGAUAUACCUUUACUACCUUAUAAGUCAAGAUUAUACAUAAGAAAAUAUAGUUGCCAAGAUGCCUACUCCGUUGGAUAAAGCUUUGAAUUCAAAGAAUCUAUUCCUUGGAUUCGCAGGUCUUGUAACAGCGGCGGCAGCAUGGACGAUCUGGGGUGGCGAUAUGUUUCCCGCAGAACCAGACCCAACAGGAAACCCAGAAAACUGGUCAAUAGAGGAACUGAGACGGUGGCUUAGUUCGCGCGGUCUCCUGCCAAGUUCGACUGCGUCAAGAGAGGAUCUGGUCGAACGCGUGAAGGCGAAUUUGAGACAUCCGAGAAAAUAGUGUUGGUGGUUGGCCUAGAUAUACCUUAUGUUGAUUCGUUUCCCUUUCCCGUCGGAUAUGGCGCUAGUAUUGCAUUGUAUAUUCAGUUCGAGCAGGCCGUCGGGGUAAAUUCCUAGUCCAACAUGCCUCCUCUUGUAUUCCUUUCAAAUAAUCCCAGCUGUCUUGCAUGUUAGAAAGUUCAUAUAUCGUCCCAGCCAUGGACGGUCAACAAGCUCUUCCCAAAAUAUAAGCUCUUCAGAUAUUCACAGUC